GGGGAAGCUUUAGCAAGCUCUCGGUCGCUCUCGAGAGCUACACAGAUUUCUCAUUAUCUAGACGUUCUGGCUGCCUAUUAGUCUUAAUUUGAAACUGAUCUAGAGAUUAUCGCGGCGCGCGUGCUAGCUGGCAUCAUGACGCUCGAGAAUGAUGUUGAGACCCAGGCGGGACUUACUGAAAGCACGCCCUUGCUGGUAGGAGAGCAGUCGCGCCAAUCUCAUCCAGAUCAGCAAGAAAAUAAAAAGAGGUCAGCGCGUUGGUACCUGUGGAGGGCGUUUUGGCUUAUUGCUGCGGCCCUUGUCCUUGCAGUUUUUAUCAAGGGCUGGAUUGACGCAGAUGGCGAUGUCAAUUUUGAUUUGAAUGAAGCACUCAAGAAAGCUCUUGGUGGCGGCUUGUCUGGUGCAGCGGCGAUGUUCUUACAAGUUCUACUGCUCAUGCCUCUGAGAACGAUUAUGAACUAUCAAUAUCGCUUUGGAACCUCAUUCACUGUUGCAACACAGAAGCUCUAUGCUGAUGGCGGGUUUGGUCGAUACUAUUCGGGUAUCGGAGCCGCACUUAUACAAGGACCUGUAGCAAGAUUUGGAGACACGGCGGCCAACGCCGGCAUCUUGGCACUUCUGCAGUCCAACUCUUAUCUGAGUCACUUGCCUUCGCUCGGAAAGACUGUCUUUGCCUCUCUUUGUGCUGCUGCUUUCCGCAUGAUCCUCACUCCCGUCGAUACCCUCAAAACGACUCUUCAGGCCCAAGGUGCCGGCGGGACUGCCCUGCUUCGCCAACGCAUCAAAGAACAUGGGGUCGGCACUCUGUGGUGGGGGGCUUUUGCCACUGCGGGAGCGACAUUUGUUGGACAUUACCCCUGGUUUGCGACCUAUAACUUGUUGACGGAGACCAUCCCAGAGCCACCAAAGACUGAGCUUUUCCUAUGGCUGCUGCGGUUGGCCUUCAUAGGAUUCGUCGCAUCGAUAAUAUCCGACUCAGUUUCCAACUCUCUGAGGGUAGUGAAGACUUACCGACAGGUCAAUGACACCAAAGUCUCAUACACCGAGGCCGUGCAACUGGUAAUCAGAGAGGACGGAAUCUCGGGGUUGCUUGGGCGAGGGCUGCCUACGCGCAUCUUGAGCAAUGGUCUUCAAGGACUGCUGUUUUCCAUCCUUUGGAAACUAUUCUUGGAUAUCUGGGAGCAUAAGACAAGCUCGUAACGGAAUAAUGGGGUAUCUUGAGGCGUAUAUCUCUGAGGUAUCAAUGUGAGCGUGCAAAGAUUGACAUGAAACUUAUAAACUACUUUUCGAAUUUAUUUACAUCCAAUUCAUAUAUUAUAUCAGU